CGUUCCUGCAUUCAAAGUCGUUCCUGCAUUCAAAGUCGUUCCUGUAUUCAAAGACUCGCCCUUGUUUUAAAAAGCAACGCGGCAAAGAACGUUAUUUCCACGAGGCACACUUGCGUUGAUGUCGUGAUGCGCUUGCGCUGCUAUCUGUAAUGUAAACACCAGUAUAUAUGGAAACAUCGAUCGGCUUUUUGCAUAUUUUUGCUUUUGUGCUGGACACAUGGCUAACUUGUUCUUCUUUGCCGCUGCUCUAAUUUUCACCUGCCUCGUAAAAGGAAAUCUGAUCAAAUGGAAUUACUGGAACACUCUUUCGCUUGACCAUAAUAAAAAAUAUGAGCUGAGUUGGAAAGUAAAUAAGGCAAGAACAUCGAUUAAUCUGAGAGUUAAAGUUCAAACGACCGGAUGGAUUGGAUUUGGUAUUUCAAAAGGACUAUCCGGGAAGAUUGCGGAUGGUGAUUUGGCUAUUGGCUGGGUAGAUAGCCAUGGAAGAGCAUUUUUGAAAGAUUGUCACGGUACUAAACAUGGCCUGUCCAGGAUGGAUAAACACCAAGAUCUAGAACUAGUGAGCAGUCAUCAAACUACUGAUAGCACGACAUUGGAAUUUAAAAGAAAGCUGAUUACUUGUGACAACGAUGACAGGAACAUAAAGGAAGGGACAUUAAAGAUAAUGUUUGGCUGGGGAUCUAAGGAUCCAGAUGGGGUGCUAGAUGCUUGUUCCAUUCUAAGCAGAAAUUCAUCAAAACUUGAAUCAAAAAGCAUCAACCUUUUAAAUAUUGGUAUUCAGAAAGAGCUGCCAUCUGGAACGAAGUAUGUUGAUCUUUUGCAUAGAAAGGUUAAAGUCCCAGCAAAAAGGACAACCUACUGGUGUACUCCGUUUAAAAUUGACAAAUUGGUAAACUUGACAACACCGAAGCACUUUAUUGAGAUUCACCCAAAAGUGCAGAAAAGGAAGAAAUCUCUUGUUCAUCACAUGGUACUUUAUGCGUGUAACUAUCUGAGUGAAGAGGACCUUGCUUUCUCUGGUGAAUGCCAAAGCAGUAAAACACCUCAAUCGGUGUCAAGCUGUGCAGGGACUGGAGGCAUCUUUGCUUUUGGCCAUGGAGGAGUAAAUUUUCGAUUUCCUGACGACGUUGGGUAUGCAAUCGGCACAAAGGAAAGCUCGAAAUAUUAUGUUCUUGAAAGUCAUUUCAACAACGAAGACCUGAAAAAAGAUUUAGUCGAUACAUCUGGCUUUCGUAUGUUCUAUUCCGAACCAAGAAAAUACGAAGCUGCAAUGCUGACUGUAGGCGCAAGCAUAACUGAUAACAUUAUCAUCCCUCCUGGAAUGUCAAGAUGGACUUUAAAAGGCGUGUGUACAAAGAGCUGCACCCAGAAGCUGGAUGGCAGUGGACCUUUAUCUCGAAAAAGUAUCAAGAUAUUUGCCUCUUUUCCUCAUGCUCAUGGAUCAGCUAUUGCUAUUCAUACAACUGUGGUCAGAAACGGACUGGAAGUUGAAGAGCUGGUGCGAAAUGACAACUUUGAUCCAAAUUACCAGCAAACUCUUAUGCUCAACAAAGAAGUCGAAGUAGAAGCGGGAGACGAUAUUUUCACGUACUGCACCUACCGCACAUUAAACAAGAAGUAUGCCACGCUUGGUGGCAUGGGCUCAAACAGAGAGAUGUGCUUCAACUUUAUGAUGUACUAUCCCAGAGCUAAUUUGACAACUUGCACAAGUGACGAGAUGGUUGUGCAGCCCGUGUUCACUUCCGCAUACGCAAAUCCCGUAUUUCCUCAAUGCAUGGAUGAAUCCCUCCCGCCUGAAAACUGGCAACUGGCAAACUGGACAGGGGUCGAGUGGACAAAGUCGAUGGUGAAAGAGCUGCACAACUUCUAUUUCAUGAAUGACCCCCUGCCUUUAGUCCAGCCUCGCUGUUUUGGAAGCGGGGCACAUAAAUAUAAUCUACCUGCUGUAUAUCGAUCCGUUGUAAGAAAAAGAUUAGCCAAGAAAAAAAUUUGCAAGAUGACAAAGAAAUCUAAAAUAAACAAUGGAAGGAAACAUGAACUGCUUUAUGAUUAUAAUAUUAAUUAAAUAUAAUUAAAUUAAUUAGUAUUAUUAAUUGAAUUAAUAUAAUUAUAUUAUGCAACAUUGAUGGCAAGUGAAAAGCGCAUUUUUGGCAAAUCUACAAAUUUAAUUUAUAUUGCAUCAUUUGACGACAAUUUGUCAUUUCCUUUGUCUUUU